AUGGAUUGUGUUCUAAAGAGUUUCUUUUUUGCAUUCCUUCUGUUUCGACUUUAUGAAUGCACAGCUGCUUCUACUAUUGCAUUACCUAAUUGCAAAGACCGGUGCUAUCGUUCUGGUUUUCGUGUUCCUUACCCAUUUGGGAUAGGCCAAGGUUGUUACAAGAACAAAUGGUUCGAGAUUGUCUGCAACCACUCAUCAUACCCCUCUUUUCCUUUCCCGCCAAGCAUCGGACGGGAGGUUAAUUCGUUUUCCCUUGGAGAUGACUGGUUCGAUGAGCUUCGUCAUCACAAGACCAACAGGUUUCAAAUUACCAGUCCACUGAAACAUUCAGGCUGUUCCAAAGGCAUAACCAAUAUACCACCUUUGAAUCUCACAGGCAGUCCAUUCUUCAUAUCAGACGAUAAUAAGUUCACAGUUGUUGGGUGUAACGUCAAAGCAAUGAUGAAAGGCACAGGGUCACAAAUCAUUGGAUGUGAAGCAAGAUGUGGGAAUGAUACACGGAAUUACAAAGAUGCUGACAAGAGUUGUGUGAGUUAUAAAUGCUGCCAGACCAAAAUACCGCCUGGUCUUCAAGUGUUUGAUUCAACUGUGGAGAAACUGGAACCCGGUAAAAACGGAUGUCAGAAGGCCUACUUGUCACGAUCCGACUUCUGA